AUGAAGUUGCUCCUGGGUCUGAUUGUAUUGAUCCGCGCCGCCGCCAGCCAAGAGCUGACGCAUACCUGUGGUAACUAUCCCGCUUCGGCCUACGGGUUGGAGUGUCUCUUGACCAGCAGCGCCGAUGGUGGCGAUGCCAUUGAGAUUGUGGAUGAGUCCACGGACAUUCUUCAUGUCGCCUUUGGCAACAGCAUUACCGAGGAGGAGUUUGCUACGUACCCUCAAGAGGUUGGCAACUGGUCCAAGAACUCUCCCCGAGACGCCCAGUUUGAUGGUUGCAUUCUCAAGUCCCCUUUGACUCCCAUUGACUGCAGCGGAAUGGAAGAGUGCCUGGCUGUCAAGGAAGUUCCCGAGUUUAACAAUUCAUUGUGGAUGGAAACCACACAAUUUGCCUGUCGUGGUUGGUACCCCUCGGGCAAGGUGGAUGACAUUGACUUGCAGCCUCCGCCAGAAGGCCAGAUCCUGACAGAUGAAUGGGGAAAUGAGUAUAUUUUACAUGCAACCGUUCAAGAAGGCAAAGAUGGCAUUGCCGACAGCUUGGAAGGGCAAGUCCUGCCAGAAGGUUGGAGCAUCAGAGAAGUGACCCUAACCUCUCCUUUUUCGAUCUGGCCAGACAUUAGUGAUGAUGGUACCUGCUACUAUCAAAUUCUUCGGGACAACUUGGACAAUUCCUAUCAUGGUAUUGGUUGCGGUGGUGACAUGCGGCCAACAGACUUUAUUGACACCUGUCCGGAUGCAGUCAAAAGUUCCAGCGGUGCUGCUACGGAGGAAACCAGCGAUACCGCUAAUCCUGAAACUGAGUCUGGUGGUGACAUGGAUACUGGCAACGAGGAGACUACUGAAACUUCUGAAGCUGCACCAAGCGCCAAUGAAACGGGCACUUCGGAUGCUGCCGCGGCUGGUACUUCUGAAGCCAAUUUCGGUGCCCCUCAUUCGCUUUCAAUCAUUGGGCUCGUGGGUCUUUUGGGAAUCUUCAUGUCAACUUAA